UCUCUCUCUCUCUCUCUCUCUCUCUCUCUCUCUCUCUCUCCAUCGCCUAGUAAUGGGCAGCCUGCGAAGCAACAUCUCCAACCCCUUAGACCCGGACGACUUCGCCCGUCAAUCGCAUAUAGCUGUCGACUUCAUUGCAAAUUACUACCGAACCAUAGAGAGCUACCCGGUUCGAAGCCAAGUCGAACCUGGUUACUUAAAGAAGCAGUUACCAGAAUCCACUCCAUUCUCACCUGAACCCUUAGAAACUAUCCUCCAAGACAUUCACAACCAUAUAAUUCCUGGCCUUACUCAUUGGCAAAGCCCCAACUUCUUCGCUUAUUUCCAAGCCAAUGCUAGCACUGCAGGAUUUCUAGGUGAGAUGCUUUGUACUGGUUUCAAUGUCGUCGGAUUCAACUGGAUCACUUCACCUGCAGCAACCGAGCUCGAAGGUGUAGUAAUGGAUUGGAUGGCCAAGAUACUCGACCUUCCCCAAUCCUUUAUGUUUUCAGGUCUCAAAGGAGGUGGAGGCGUACUACAUGGUAGCACGUGCGAAGCAAUCGUGUGCACGUUAGCAGCAGCCAGGGACAAGGUCUUAGACACGAUUGGAUGGGACCAGAUUGGAAAAUUGGUAGUCUACGGUUCAGAUCAAACACAUUUCACUCUUCAGAAAGCAUCGAAACUCGUUGGAAUCCGUCCGUCCAAUUUCCGAAUUCUCCCCACAUCAGCUACCACGUCAUUCGCAUUAUCCCCUGAUAUCGCCCGGAAGGCGAUGGAGAAUGACGUGGCAUCCGGGUUAGUUCCCUUGUUUCUUUGUGCGACGGUGGGGACGACAGCAUCUGGCGCGACGGACCCAUUAGACGGUCUGGGCCGAUUAGCUAGAGAAUUCGGCGUGUGGUUCCACGUGGACGCUGCUUAUGCAGGGGCCGCAUGCAUAUGUCCGGAGUUCAGAUCUUAUCUGGAUGGAGUGGAUUUUGCUGAUUCACUUAGUAUGAAUCCACAUAAAUGGUUCCUUACUAACAUGGAUUGUUGUUGCCUGUGGGUGAAAAAUCCUAAUUUCCUGACGAACUCAUUAGCUACUGAUCCAGAGAUUUUGAAAAAUAACGCUACUGAUGGAAAACGAGUGGUCGAUUAUAAGGACUGGCAAAUAGCAUUGAGUCGACGGUUCCGAGCCAUGAAGCUAUGGGUCGUGCUUCGGAUGCAUGGCGUGGUUAACCUGAGGAACCAUAUUCGGAGUGAUGUGGCGUUAGCUGAGCGGUUCGAAGGGCUAGUGGCGACUGACUCAAGGUUUGAGGUCCUUGUGCCGAGAAAGUUCGCGUUGGUCUGUUUUCGGCUUAAGCCUAUAGCUGAAGAGGAUGGCUCCCGCGUUAAUCGUGAGCUUUUGGAGGGUGUUAACGUGAGCGGGCGUGCGUACAUGACACACGCUGUGGUUGGUGGUACGUAUGUGUUACGGUUUGCUGUUGGUGCGACUAUGACGGAGGAGCGUCACGUGGAUGACACGUGGAAGUUAAUUCAAGAAAAAGCUGACUCAUUGGUAAAUGAGUAUAUUACAAUUAUUUGAGGAUGAAAGCUGACAUUUAUUAUGAAUCUUGUAAAUGGUGGUAAAUGGGAAACGAAAUUGGAGGUAA